AUGACGGCUUCGAGGCCGGGGCCGUCUUCAGCCGGAGGUGCGCCUCACAGGCCGAAGCCAACACAGAGUCCAGCCUUGCCAAGGGGGGCUUGGCGGGAGAAUGGCGCCCACGGCACGAACGGCAUCAAUGGCAUGACCGGCGUGGCGGCCAGCCCAGUGCAGAUCAGCUUCCGUGUGCGGGCAGGCGGAUUUCAAGGCUUUGGAGGCAUGCCCCAGCUGGCCUUGACCGCCGCCAAGCCGUGGAUGCCGCUUGGCGGGCCGUCGCCGAUGCCCAUGAUGGAGCCUGUGGAAAUGGUUGUGCCACAGACGAAAGCAGAGUGGAUCGAAGUGGAUGACUCGAGCGAGCUGGUGCAGCACGGCUUUCCUUCGGUGGGUGCAGCUCUGAUGCACCACUCUACGAUGCAAGACCUCUUCAGUUCGGCUUCGUACAUUCUCUACGAGCUGGCGGGCGAGGCGAUGAGUUCAAUGACGCUGACCCACGAUUGGGAGUGGAACGAGUACCCCUACAUUGCCGAGGCAUUAAGGCGUGCCGGAGCAGUGGAGUACCCUUAUGCCCUAGCCACCAUCACCCUGGCGCCAAACAAGCGCAAGUGGGCGGUGGGUUUGGCGACGAACGGCAAGCACCGACAGCAGACGGUGAAGCUUUCUUUGGCCUUGGCACUGGCAGCGGAUGCUGAUUCACUGCAGGAAGUCAUCCGCAACCAUCCAGGCUUCAGAGAGCUUUGUGAGGCCUCCGGCAUAUUCACCGGGGACGCCCGCGGCCCUCCAGCUGAUGCCGUGCUUCUGGGCCCACCAAGGAACUUCGGCCGCAAGAGGCGCAGGAAAUGGGAUGAUGCCCCUCCGCCACGGAUGCUGCCAGCGCCGCCGCCCCGCCCGGAGGGCGUGGAGGCACCACGCUCCUGCGGCUACAAGACGGAGCUGUGCAGAGGUGAUGCCUGCCCCUUUGCCCACGGCGAGGAGGAGCUCAGGGCGCCCGGAGAGGUCAAGCAAGAACAUGUUGAGGCCUUCAAACCAGCGCAGAUAAGCAACGGCCAUGCUGCUGCGGACCCGGGCCCGGGGGACGAGUGCUUCUGGAUCGAGCUGGAGCCGUCGGAGGCGCUGCCCAAGGAGCUCGAGGGCUUGCCCAUGGAGGCCUUGGUGUGUUCCACAAACAACUACAAGAGAUCCACCUGCAGCGUGGACAACAUCUUGUCCGGGAUCCUCGGUGAUGAGGUCAAGGAGCUUCGCUUCAUCGAUGAUUCGGAGUGGAAGAACUUGCCCACCGUCGGAGCUGCGUUGAAGAAGCGAAUGGCCAAGGAGGAAUGCUUCACAGCCGCCUUUUGCCCCACACGUUCCCUGUGGGCGGUCGGCGUGGGCAUGAAAGGACAAACUCGAUGGCGCGCCGCCCGGCUCGCGAUUUGCGUUGCAGUGGCGCUGCAACAGGAGGAGAUCUUGGAGGAGCCACCGGACCUGUCGGACUACCCGAACGUGCUCCAGAUGGUGAAGCAAGCAGGAGAAGAGAAGAAGAAGAUGCUGAACUAG